AGGGGACCAACAUGGCCGUCGCCCACAUCAUUGCAAGUCAAGAAUAGUAUGUUUUCUUUAAAUUUAGAGUCUUCUAGAUAAAAUCGUUCCUCUCCUAGUAUUUGGUGUCAUCUCCAUUAUUGUAUUGUUAUAUAAACACGGAUUGUAUGUUGAAAAUUUUGUUCGUCGAUUCGAGUCAAGUAAGUAUAUAUACAGAAGCAUAGCCUAUAUAGGUUGAAGCAUAACUAUUAUUUAUUAUAUCCACAAUAACAAUUAAUGAUACUGAUAACCUAAGGCGUUUUAACGCCUUAAAAGGCCUAAGGAUAACCGGUUCAAACGAGGAUGAGAGUGCAUGAGAGUUGGCAGUCACGCAACUUUGAUUAAUAGCUUAAUAACUGUUCUCAUGCCUUCCCAACGUUAUCAUGUGUUCUAUUUAAGUUAAACGUACUUGAAACUCUCAUCAAACCUUUAUUUUGUUAAUCUAGAGCUUGAAAUAUCCCCUGUAACAAUGCGUGACUGCCAACUGUCAUCAACUCUCAUCAACUCUCAUCAACUCUCAGCAACUCUCAUCAACUCUCAUCAACUCUCAUCAACUCUCAUCAACUCUCAUCAACUCUCAUCCCUUUUUGACCGGGCCGGGCUUUACAUUCAUAUUCCGUUAUUAUUUUCAAAUGCCAAUUUAUAAUUUUCUCCAUGGAGUUAUAAUCAUAACGACACAACAUCCCAUAAAAUUAUCUCCUCACAACGCAGACAAGUACAUAUUUUAGGCUAGUGGUGACAAUUUAGGAAGUAAAUGUACUUCGUUAGUGUACUUGAGUACUAUUUUUGAGAAGUGGGCAUAUGUAACGAAGUAAUUUUUGCCAGCCUGAGUACCUUUACCAGUGUACCUAUAAUAACGUUAUACUUCGUUAUUUUCAUUUUGUGGAGAAGUAUUCGGUCACUUUCCAUCAAAUUAGUAGGCUUGCCUCGAAAAGUUCCUCAGAUGUACUUCCCAAAUCUAGAACAAACUAUGGUAAAUUUUCAAUAGGUUUUCAAGGAGCAAAGGUUUGGAAUUCUAUAGAUGAAUCAUUAUAAGACAACUAGUUUUCGGGUAUUUAAAAAAAAAUAUGUUAAAUAUUGUAAGGGACUAUGCUGGAAUUAAUCCAGUCCUGGAGCUUCAAAAAUGUAAAUAUUUUGCCAAUUGGUCCAGACCAUAGAUAUCUUAUGGUCCAGACUCGAUCGCGGAUCAUAAAUACGUUUUCCGUUAAAGAUUUUUCUCAUUGACCUUUUUAAACAAUUAAGAUUGUUUAAGCUUUCCUGGUCAUUCAGAAUUAAAAACGUGGGAAAGAAGAAUUAUUCCGGCAUAAGCAAUUUAUAACGCCAUGACUGAGCUAUUUAAUUUUAAUUUACUCUAGCGUUUUAAUUUACUCGGCUAGCUAUACCUGAUCUCGGUCCGACAAUGAUUAGAGUUAAUAGAAGAGCUUUUGGUUUAAUUAACCCAAUCUAUUAGGCGAAUUUGUUCGCGCGAAGCGGAAAACAAAUUUCGGCACUGAUUAGCUAGCGAAAAAAUUUCGUCGCGGAAUUACUAUAGAACUAUAAAUAUAGAAACAACUAUUUAAAAUUCAAUUGCAUGAUCACCUGACAUAUUAUACUUAUUAAAUUUCAGUCUUUUAACUUUAUAAUUACUAAACUGCUACAUAUUUGGCACAUGCAUUCAUCAUUCUGUUUGUCAUAAAACUACGCCUAAAUGUAAAAUGUUGUUUUUCUUCAGGAUUUCAAGAAAAUGGAUUUGUUCAUGAAAAGGGCAAAAAUUAUGUAACGGGUACGCAUCUUUCAAAUUAUGUUCAACACUGAGGUUUGCAGAGUAAAAUCACCCAAAGGGUGAGGCCUAUAUAGUGGUAAUCAAACGUCGAGUUCAUUUCAUGUGCCCCCUUUCCUAACCAUCAACAUUGCCUGUCCGUGCAUAGGUGAACUAUAUUUUGUGGUAUUACCUCGUUUAAUAUCUUUAAUCGAAGACUCACAUUUUUUAUCCUGAUUAAUUAAAUAACUAACAUACUAAGCGAUUGAUUUUGAAGUUCGCGACAGAAUAUUCAAGCACUGAUACGAUGGGUCGGCGCCAUAACAAUAUAAUGUAGCAGUUGACCAUUCAUACUUGACAAGCUCCCUUUGUACAACAUUAUACGUCUUUAGAUAGAUUGUUCCGUUAAAGAAACAAAAAUCAUUAUAUUAUUAUAAUCGUCAUUAUCAUAGGAUCCCCCCGCCCCAAUUCUGAUUCUUCGCCACGCCCUCUGAUUUGUUCGUUUACCUGGAUGGAGGACAAUCAAUAAGCUUCGAGUCUAAUAAAAUGGAAUCCUCCAUCGCGAGAAAUAAAUUAAAUAAUGACAGUUCAUAUCUACUUUCAACUGAGAUAGUUGUUUGUGUAUAUAUUGUUUUUGUGUAUAAAUCAAAGCUUUCAUUUCAAGUAUAAUACGAGUACAAUUUCUAUUUAAGGAGUUAAAGACAAGUUAAUCCUGAAAGUUUUACAAAGAUUAAAGGAACCAAUUAUUGACACAGGUACACUAUAUUCUAACGAUGUGUGAAGUACCCGUCACUGAAAGCGAGUCGACUUGUCGCUCAUGCAGGAAAUUGCAUUUUGGCGCGAAAAACUACAUGACAAUAUUAAUUCAAAACUCGAAAAUAUUCAAACGUUCCUCAGAAUUGAUUACGCAUAAUUAUAACGCAUAAAGAAAUACGGAAAAACUAUCGAUCAUAAUGCAUGGCGAAUUCUUAAAUUUGUUUCGCUAAAACUAGGACUUGAGUCGGUAAAAUUCGACGCGCUGCAAGAGGGACAAGUCGACUUGACAACCCCCCCCCCGCCCGCUAAAAUGUAAAAUCCGCACUUUAACCUGAGAUCUCAACCGCGCAGCUAAAUAAUACGAGUCGAUUUGUAGCAAGGCUAUGUCCCUCCAUAUGUAGUGAACGAAAAGUCCUCAGAUUUAUAAGGAUUUUUAAACUAAUCUUCUUUUUGUCAGAUUCUGCGGGGUAAACAUUCUUAAUUUUCACGAAUUUUGCUGUUCUUAAGGCAGUACUAUAAAGUGAAAAACUACGUCUACGCACGCAAGUAGCUAGCUAAUUUGAAUGACGUUUCCUGAAUAAAAAUGAGCGUGCGAGGAGUAAUGGGAUUUUCUCGCUCUUCCCAUCUCUCCCUGCUCGCUAACGCACCUUCGUGUAAGCCUCUGCGGAGGAGAGAGCGUCUUAAAUCCCGCCGUUUGUAAACUUGACUAAAGGAGUACCAAAUGUUUUCCCGUACAGAAUAGCGUCAUCCAUGCACGCGGGUAGCAACAUCCCAAGUGCAUAGAUGACGCUAUCCUGCAUGGAAAACCGUUUGGUAAAUGUUUUAUAAAAUAGCUAGUGUGAAACAACGGUUAACUUUAUUAAAACAUUAACUAUAUAAUAUAUAAACGUUAUUUAAACGUCAUUUAAUAUACUGUUAACUCCGUACACGUUAAAUUGUUUUCAAUGUCCGAUAUUUACAUAUUUUAAAAAGCCCGCGCGAAGGUAUUUAAAUUUUCCGUGCAGGAUUGUCUGAUCCUACACGGGUAUUGACAAAUCAAAUUGCGUGUUUUACUGUAGUUAUUAUUAUAACGCAGUUUGACUUUCCGUAAAUGUCUUUCCAUAUUCACUUUGUUAUAUUAAAUUUAAACUAUGAAUAUACACAACUGGUAUAUUUUAAGAUUCUCUAUCGGCAAAAAUAAAACUUCCAAAACAUUCUUUGACUUUGUUUUGAAUAAUUAGAUAGCCUCAUUUGUGAUCAGAAUUCGUUCUAAUCAUAAACAGCGGAAAGGGGGAGGCUAGGUCGGCGUUUAUAUGUUGGAGAAUUCAUGGAAUUGGCCUCCCACCCCCAAAUAGAAACUGUCCCACCGCCACUGGUUUUAGUUGCAUGCAUUCCAAGUUUUCAAGUUAUAAACAACAAUGGCAAUGUUACAAAACAAGUAGCAGGUUACGAAGAACUUAACUAAACGUUGUCCACACCACUUUCGUAAAACGUCUUAUUCUAUGAUCGUCAUCGAUAUCGAUCGGGGGAUAGAAUACGCAUCGGGACACAAACCACUAGCGGAUACUGUACAUGUCCAGGUGAUGACUCCUUCACACAUGGAAUAUAACGAAUAGAGAGGUUAAGAUACUCCGGUUCUGGUUUACGGGUACGGGUAUCGCAAUUUUGUUUACCAAAUUUUCCUGAUGUAAGGAUAUUUACCCGUAGUUUCUACCCGUUUCCCGGCGGUAAACCUUGGUCUACACGUAAAAGACGAACGGGUAUUGGUGUGUUUUCUGUCUACUAUUUGUAGAGCAUUUAAGUAGUGAAUAUUUCAACAUCUUACCAAAAAUAUCAAUGCACAUUUGCUCGUCAAAUUUUUCCCAAAUCUAUGGUGAACCUCAGCAACAAAACUACUAUUCUCCGAUCAGCUUUCGUACUCUAGAAUAUCUUAGAUUUCUCAGGUUGCAAGUUGCAUGUAUUGCGGAACGUGUUAAAUAUUAAGGAACUUUCUGAAAAAUUGAGGUCGAAAAAGGUCUGAGGAAGUAAUUUUAAGCCCCCAUUAUCCAUAACUAGUGUUUGGAAAAGUUUUUGGGAAGUUUUGUUUUCGGAAAAACACCGUCGACCCCCCCCCCCCCCGAAUGGAAGGGGCCCAAAUUUUUUAAUUCACCCCCAAAAAAUACCACUCGGGACGGCCCUAUUAACUUCUCUAUUACGGCCCUGUUUACCUCUCUAUUAUUGUUCAAUCUUGGCCACACAGCCUCGUUUUCUUGAUUGAGACAUUGGAUUUAGAACCUUUCAUCUUGUUGCAUGCAAGUGACAUAUUUACGAAAUCAUACCUUGCAAUAGAUCAUCUAAACUACAUUUAUAUGAUUAGGUCAUCAUGCAGUAACAAGAUAAAGGACUCUAAAGCCGAGAUCUCAAUCACCAGAUUCCUGGAAGGGUGUAUUCUGGAUGGUUUUGCUACUACAUCAGUUUAGGAAUUUAGGAACUUAGGCUACGUUUACACUAUACCGGAUUGCCAGGGACGCCGGAGCGAGGGUAGGGCACAGGGGGGGGGGGCAAUGUUGACGUAAGGGCAAUCACUAAUUAAUAUUUCGUUUCCGAAAAUGUUUUCCGGGACCUUAAUUCACCAAAACAAGGGCAAAAAAUUUUGAAAACACAAUUUUUGACACAAUAUUCCAGAAAAUUUCACGUAUAUUUCAAUAGUACGUACAUUUCACCCGUAAUUCAUACUUUUUAAUCGUUGUACCUCAUAUUUUUGGGUUAAAAUUUUUAUCUAUAAGCGCACUUUCGCCCCCCCCUGCCCCUCUUACUAAAGGGCAAGGGGGCGAUGCCCUCUGCGCCCCCCCUUUCCGGCGUCCCUGCGGAUUGCAUUCCGUAGCGGCGUGAAAAAGCACCUAUCCGAUACGGAAUGUACAGCUUUCAGAAGCUGAGCGAAACAACAUCAUCCGUUGCAAUAAUUCCUCUGACUGAAAUAGCGUUCCUAAAAGGUACGCAUAUAGGUGUUUUUCACGCCGCUACGGAAAGCUAUCUGGUACAAGUGUAAACGUAGUCUUAAUUUGCCUUAAUUGCUUUCUGGGUGCUGACUUCAUAACAUACUCGGUAUAUUUAAAUUUUAUUUGUGUUAGUAUGCGAGCUAUCAUUUAUUUCAUGCUUUUCCAAGGGAGAAUGUAGCUUCUUGUAGAUAUCGUUGAUUUUUUCAUUAUACAAUUUUGAUUUAUUGAUUUUCCAAACAAUUACUUUUAGAUAUCAAUUAUAUUUUCAAGGGAGAUUUGUCAAACAACCUUACUUGGGAAUUUGAUUUUGGUGAGAUUUCCAAACGACGAUUUGGACGAAGUUAUAUUGAACAAACGAGUUAUGACCCAAAUGCUCGUAGCGGAGAUUUCUAUAACCCUGUUGGGAUUGACAGGGGUGGCCUUGUGUUGUUUGAAGAUCAUGGGGCUGGUAUAUUUGAGCGGCUUUUAUGGUUCCAUAAAACUAAUUAUGAAACAGAUAUGGAUUAUGUUACAUUCGAGGUAGGACAUUUCUUAUAUAGUUAUCAUCGAGUUUCCUUUUCGAGAGUCAUAUACAAUCUCACAACCAGAGAAUGCCCGUCCAUUGCUUGUCAUUGGUUGUUGUCUCUUUCCAAACAUGGUCAUAGGCGUACGAGAGGAGGGGCAAGCUGGCGGGUAAAGGCCGAAGAAUUUUUUAUAUAAUAUAUAUAUAUAUAUAUAUAUAUAUAUAUAUAUAUAUAUAUAUAUAUAUAUAUAUAUAUAUAUAUAAUUGGUUUGGUAUUUUUACUUGUUUGUUUCAAGGUUUAUAAUCUACAUAUCAACAACAGUCACUUACCUAAUAUAAUUUUAUCAUUAAUUCUGUACAGACCUCAAUCACGACUGAAUCAGUAAGCUUAAAAGUAUAUCAAUCAUAGAAGUUAGUGCCAGAGAGUGCUCAAGCCUAAACGAGCAUAUAUAAAGUUAGAUAUUUUUCACGUGUUUGUUUCACUAAGGUAUACAAUCGGUUUAACUUUGCCGGUACCCUCAUGUUCGAUAAGUAUUCCUUCCACUCGCGAGCUCAUGCUGAUCAUAGUGAUCGAAGUAUGUCCAGGCCUUGUGACCCUGGAAGGAAGAAAUACACACAUUUCUGAUAAAACACUCCUACGCGUGCUUUAAAUAUAUAUAUAAUGCUUGUGGUAUUGUUUAACUAAGGCUAUGUCUUAAUUUUGGAGAUUUUCAAACUUAAUUAAGCCAUAUCCUUAAUUUUUAAGAGUUUUACAAUUAAGACAUAGCCUUUAUUUUGAGAAGAGAUCAUGUUCGUCAUAUAUGGACAUUGAAAAUUUUAAUGUGGAAGCACUGCGCGCAGGUGUGGGAUAGAUUAAAAAAGAUCGUCCGGCUCAGAGAUUAAGCUAAGGUUAUGGCCAGGUUAAGGUUAGACUAGGUUCAGAUUAAGAUUGGACUUAGGGUUAGCGGUUAGAUUUGGGGUUACAUUAGGCUUCGAAUUAAGGCACUAUAUUGGAUGACUCAGAUGAUCAUCCUUGCCGUGGGUAUCGGCUUGAUCUGAGACAAUGUGACACGGGCGACUGACGGUUUUUAAAAGAUAAUCCUGCAGCUUUAGAGUGCUCUUGUGUACUCAAUAUUGAGUGCAGAGAUUUAAUUUUUUCACAAUAAUAAAAAUUUGGUGUUUAGCUUUAGAAUCGAAUGACACUUUUUUGUAUUAUUUUAAUUAAGCAAAAGUGACAAAAUACACCGAUGGAAAAUUGUCGGUUGAAAUCACAUUUUUCCACCUAUGUGUAUUAUUAAAGCAGUGCGUUUUUAAAUUAAAAUUUAUGAAUUUUAUAUCCACAUGGGAUUCACUUUCAAUAGUUUUUCACCCAAUCCCCAACGGUGGAAAAAUGCGUAUUUAUGCAAUUUGAUUAUCUUAUAUUGGACAUGGAUUACCUUUUUUAUACACCCUGUAUAAUUAUUUUAAAUGUAAUUUUGGCGAAAUAAAGUCUACAUAAUUUGUUAUCCAUGUAGGCCUACAUGGCAUAUAUUGCCAUUCUCUAUUGUUGCAAUUUGGUUUUUUUUAGAUUGAUGGAAAUGAAUUGUGUACAUUACCAGUAGUGUCGGGAAAUAGAACCUAUCCAUUCCUACUACCAUUCAUUCGACCAAACGAAGUGGACAAUAUGGCCGGCUUCUACAUUACCUUUCCCAUUUCAUAUGCAAAAUCUCUGCGUAUUAUCAUGAGGUGGAGAGAAAGCUCAAACUUGAAUGAGGAAAGUGAAUGGAAUCAAUCAAAGAAAUGCCAUCAUGGAGGUUUAAGAUGUAAUAUAAUAGCAUAUUAUGCAGUAAUAACAAACAAACUGGUUCAUGGUGCAAAUCUUGAGACUAACUUUAAGAACUAUAUUUCAAAAAAGUCUACUCAUCCAAAAAGUAAAUAUUUUGAAAGCGUGACAAAAGCUGUCGCAGAAAUGGCAAAGUCCCCGGAAAGGUAUGGCCCUGGCGUGAGAUCAGAAUGCAAACUUACUUGUCAAAAGGUUCAACCGGGCAAUGAAAUCGUAAUAUACACUGCUCAAAAUGCCAAAGUUAUUCAAUCCUUGCUUUUCCGUCUGUACGAUGUACAAAAAGGAAAAUUGGCUAUUUCGAAAAAUUGGAGGAGAGUGCUAAUUACAAUGAGAUGGGAUGGAAAAGAUCCACAGGUAAACGAAAUUCCACUAGCCGGACUUUUUAUUACUGGACUUGAUUUCAUUCGCGAAGUUAAAGGUUUAACCACUGGAUUCAGGGAUAUGACGUGUGAUGUGCAGGGUGAACGUGCGUCAGACGUAACACCAAAUGAAUGGACGGCUUAUUUAUUUUAUGAAAUGCCUUUCUGGGAGGCCGCAAAAAUUACUGUUAGGAUUCCAAAUGGUUGUGAAUCUGCAAUAAUUUGUUCUCAAAUUUCUACAAAGGAAUUAAAUAUUGAAAAGUAUCACCCUCGUCUAACCGGUUAUUUUAACGCGCAGUUACGUCAACAAGGAUUUGAUUAUCUUCACCAUAAAACCAUUCUACAUCUGGAAAAGCAGUGGGGGCAUGUAGUUGGCAUUAACUUUUUCCUGCGAAAUGAUAAGAUCGCAAGUACACACGAACUUGACAUGAUUAUUGAGACAGAUGAGGCCAAUGUGCCAGUGUUUUCAGGAACAGGACUGGAAGAUUUCUUUCACUUCAUACACGACUUUAAAUCUAACAAAAACAGGACUGCACCAUUUAAUGGUGCUCCUUUUUACUACAGAAAAGGCCGCUUCCGAAUCUUACGAUGUUACCGUCAUAACAUCUUGGAUCCAAUCUUGUUCACCACUGGUAUUCGUAUUUAUCUUGAAUCAAAGUUUAAUCGCGGGGAAAAUCCCACUCUUCGAAAUUUUUUAAAAACGACAACGUCGUUUAAUCAAACCAUUUUACCGGAUUCACUUUUUACUGUAGUGUUAUACUAUGGAGGAAAGGGAUCAGGCGGAACAAUAACAGAUAAAGUGGAAUACCAUAAAAUAAAUAAAAGUUUAUCAGCUCGGAUUCAGUUUAAUCCACCAAAUGUAGAUAGUUUUCAUAUCCGCAGUAAUUUUGAGAAUCAGCCAGGGAUCUUUUUUGACAGAAUUGUCGUUUCCAUGGAACCUGGACAGCGAGUGGCACACACAUUCAAGGUUUAUAGCGAUAACGUUGGUGUUAUUCUCCGCAGAGAAUAUCGCACAGUUGUACCGAACCAGAAAGCUGAAGUAACAGUUGAUGGAGAAGACGCAGGGUUAUGGUUUUGCCCUCAGAGAGCCAUGUCUGAAGAUUUUUCAUUGCGUCUUAAUGAUUACCUUCUUCCUCCAGAGAAAACUGCGGGAAAAGAGUCAAUAGAAGUGACGCUAAUAGCUUUAACGCGAUGGGAAACAGUCUCUAUACAAGUACUUUCUGUCAUACUAUCAAACUGAUAAGUCGCGCAUGCUCUUCACCACUACAAAUUAAAAUUGGUUAUAAUUGAAGUGAAAUCAUGUUCGUCAAGCGUGUAUAUAUGAAUUGUAACUGUAGUACUUUAACGGCAAGAUCUAUCUCUUAGGCUUUUUGUGUUUAACGAAAAAAAAUAGUGCUUGACCACGAAAAUUUAAGACAAUGUUAUAACUGCUAGUAUUUUAACUAGAAGAUAGUUACUGUACUCUGUAGCUUUUGACUUUUGUGUGCAGCGACAACUUAAAACAAG